AUGCAGGAAGGACAGAGGGGUAUGGUCGAGGUGACGCCUCGCGCCCGUGACGUAACGGAUGUGAUGCGCGAAGCCAUGGGCACGGGCACGGAGGGUCAGCCUGGCAGUGCUCGAGCUCAAGCGCUGUGCAAAGGAGGCCGAGGCGCCCGCUCUUCGGCGGCGAAAAGAGCGUCCACGGCUGGUGGCAGCGAGGCACGCAGAUCCACUAAAAAGCCCCGUAGCUGGGCCGCCUCAGCGGUGUCCACGGUGCUGGACGGCCUGGUGCACGUGCUAGCGGUCCCUGGCAGCGCCCGUGGUAUUAGUGCCCGUGGUAGCGCCCGUUUGACAGCUCCGCGCCGUGUCUGGUGGCUGAGUGACGAGAGCAUUGAAACCGCAAGCAAUGAAUGA